AUGAACAUGGGCCUGGGGUCUGGAGACUUUGACUAUCCGUCGCUGAAGAAGCUACUCGACAACACGACUGCUGAAGUCCUACUUCCGGGCGACGGUGAAGAGUACGAAAAGAGCAUCGAGAGGUGGAGUGAGCACUGCAUAAAACGAGCUGCUGCUGUAGUCCUAGUCCGGUCCGCCCAUGACGUCUCCGCGGUUUUAGCUCAAAUACGCGAGCACAGAAUCCCCUUCACAGUCCGCGGGGGAGGCCACAGCACGUCUGGAGCUGCGUCUAUCCGAGAUGGCAUCGUCAUCGAUCUUUCCAAGAUGCGCAAGGUGAUUGUCGAUGUGGAUGCCGAAACAAUCAAGGCAGACGGUGGGACUAUCUGGGAAGAUGUCGACGUUGAGGCUGCCAAGUUUGGUCUUGCAACUGUAGGUGGCACCGUCAACCAUACCGGCGUGGGGGGCUUGACUCUGGGAGGAGGCUAUGGUUAUCUCACAGGAAAGUACGGCUUAACGAUUGAUAAUCUAUUGUCCGUUGACAUUGUCCUCGCUUCUGGUGAACAAGUUGUCGCGUCAGCCACCUCAAACCCCGACCUAUACUGGGCUGUGCGAGGCGCAGGUCAGAAUUUUGGAGUAGUGACGGCAUUCACAUUCCAGGCUUAUCAACAGAGGAGCCAUGUGUUUGCGGGGCCGCUGGUUUUCCUUCCGGAUAAGCUACCACAGGUCGUUCAGUUCGCAAAUAAGUUUCAUACUACCAACGACGGCAACCAAGCGAUGCUCAUGGGCUUCUCUGCCCCACCACCGGCGAAUGCUUCGGUUGUAAUUUGCCAGAUCUUUCACAACGGUAACGAAGAAGAAGGAAACGCCUUCUUCGCCGACUUAUUUGAACUCGGCCCAAUAGCGAACAUGACCGCCAUGAUUCCCUACCCUCAACUCAAUAGCCUUCUUAAUCAAGGAGCCGGCUUUGACGGACGUAAGCUUUUCGGUGGUGGCGCUUUCAGACUCCCCAUGGACCCAAACUUCGCUAUGCAGCUUCACGCUGAGUUCAAUGCUUUUGUGGCGUCGCAUGAGCGAAUGAACGAAAGCAUGAUGCUUUUUGAAGCCGUUCCUUAUAAGAAGGUCAUGGAGAUUUCCAACGACAAGACGGCUUUCUCAAAUCGUGGCGAUUACUAUAAUGUGGCUGUGAUGAUGAAAUGGUUCGAUCCUUCACUCGACGACAAAAUUCGUACGUUCUCACGAAACCUUCUCAAAAAAGCCUCAGAAACUGCCUCGGAACGGUCAAAGGAUGGUGGUGUAGGUCAGUACGGCAAUCAUGCAGCUGCCGAUGUUGAGGCGAACGAGAUCUUCGGCGCAAACGUGAAGCUACUCGAGGAACUUAAGCACAAGUACGACCCCGAUAACCUGUUCAGUCAUGGCACAAAAUUGACUCCGCGUCCCUUGGUAGUGUCUUUGUGCACGCCUCUUCUCAGUCUCACGUCACCAUGGAAAGCACAAGACGACCACGAGCUCAAAGAUCAUCCACGUGCCGAUCAGUAUCCCGACAACGGCGACUCGACAACGCACCAUUACAUCGUAUCUUGUCCAGUCAAUUCCCAGACGAUCAUUCGGUUUAUCACCAUGAAGAUGGCGAGGGAACCCAUGCGAGACGAGAACUCGUCCAGUGACAACGACGACGGCGGCGACAGCGGCGAUGACAAAGGUGGGAAAGAAGUAAAAGACGAUACCGCUCAAGAGGAAAAUACGACUUACGAGGAGAUACGGGGUGGUAUUCCAUACGAGCGUGAUGUGGUGGCACUAUCACGUUUAGAAAAGCAAAAGUCUACGCGGUCCGUCAAAGACCCAAAUUUGGUCAAAUGGGAUUCAGAGUUCGACCCACAUAAUCCAAAGAACUGGUCCAUGAAGCGGAAAUGGGCAGCAACUAUCAUUGUCUCUUCUUUUACCCUCGUCUCGCCAAUAUCCUCGUCCAUGAUCUCGCCAGCUCUGAGCAGCAUCAGUGCUGAAUUCGGCAUCACAAAUGAAGUCGAAGCCCAGCUUACCUUAUCCAUCUUCGUUCUGGCGUAUGCAAUUGGACCGCUGUUCCUAGGCCCACUAUCGGAGAUCUAUGGACGAGUCAUCGUCUUGCAGCUGUCAAACUUGUUCUACUUGGCUUGGAAUUUGGGAUGUGGAUUUGCUCAGACAUCUGGCCAGCUCAUGGCAUUCCGAUUCUUCAGUGGUUUAGGCGGAUCUGCACCAUUAGCUAUUGGUGGUGGUGUUCUUAGCGAUUGUUUCCUUCCCGAGCAGCGUGGCCGAGCCAUAGCAAUCUAUUCACUGGCUCCAUUACUGGGCCCGGCUAUCGGGCCUAUUGCCGGUGGCUUCAUCUCUCAAAACACGACUUGGAGAUGGUGCUUCUACGCCACCACGAUCUUCACAGCAAUAGUGCAAUGUCUCGGGUUCUUCUUUCUGCAAGAAACAUACGCACCAAAGCUCCUUGAGUGGAAGCGAAACAAACUGCGUAAAGAGACAAGCAACGAAGAACUACACACUGAGUUCGAUAAUCCUGAUCGAACGCUUGCAACAACUAUUAAAAUCGCCAUGAGAAGGCCGUUCAAGCUGCUCAUCACCCAGCCCAUUGUGCAAGUUCUAGCUUGCUACAUGGCCUACCUGUAUGGCCUCAUGUAUCUGAUGCUCUCGACCUUCCCCAGCUUAUGGGUCACGCGCUAUGGCAUGACUAUAGGGAUUGGUUCUUUGAACUUCAUCUCCAUGGGCAUGGGCUUCUUCCUCGGCACACAGAUCACCGCACCCCUCAAUGACGCCCUCUACCGCCGCCUAAAGAAACGCAACAACGGCAUCGGUAAACCAGAAUUUCGCAUUCCAAUCAUGAUCCCUGCGUCUCUUCUCGUUCCAAUCGGCCUUUUUUGGUAUGGUUGGAGUGCCCAAGCGCAGGUACAUUGGAUCAUGCCUAAUAUCGGUGCUGCGAUAUUUUGCGCGGGUGUUAUUGUGGGGUUUCAGUGUAUACAGACUUAUCUUGUUGACAGCUAUACACGGUACGCUGCGAGUGCUAUCGCGGCGGCGACGGUGCUCAGGUCGUUGGCUGGGUUUGGAUUUCCGUUGUUUGCACCGGCCAUGUAUGACAAGUUGGAUUUUGGAUGGGGAAAUAGCGUGCUGGGCUUUAUUGCCUUGGCUUUGGGUGUCCCAGCGCCGUUCAUGCUAUGGAAGUUUGGGGAGAAGUUAAGGAGUAGUAGCAAAUUUGCCGCGGGCUGA